UCGGGACUUAUUGACACGACUGAUAGCUAACAACAAACAGUAACUUCUGACAUUGAUAAGAAGAAAUAUAAAUACGCAUUUGUUGAUUGGCUUUUGAGUAAUAUUUAUUGAAUUUAGUUGUAAAGACAUUGCUAAAAUGAAAGCGUUUAUUGUUCUGUUAGUUUUGGGUCUUGCCGCAACAUCUUUGGCCAGACCAGAACUCAACUUCUCUGAGGUUAAAGAAAGCAUUAAAAAAAUCAAAGAAGCUCGUAAAAAAUGUCAAUCCAACCCUGCUACAGCUCUCGAUGAAAGUACCCUAAAAAACUUAGCUAGAGGUGGUGUUCCACCAGCUAAUGCUGGAGCUUAUGCUCUUUGUAUUUCCAAAACUCUUAAUUGGCAAAACGCAGAUGGGUCCGUGAAUACAGCAGUCAUCCAAAGCAGAGGUCAGGCAAUUUUCGGCAACAAACCCGAACUCCAAGCCAUCAUUGACGAAUGUGCGGUAGCACAAGAGAAUCCCGAAGCUACAGCUAUACAUCUUUUCAAAUGCUACAGGAAAUACUCUCCUCACCAUGAUGAGCAUGAGCACCGGUUACAUUAUGCCGAAGUAGCCAAAAGCGUGAAGAAAAUCAAGGACUCUCAUGAAAAAUGCCAAGCCAACAGCGCCACAGCCCUUGAAGAUGGUGCGCUCAAGCAAGUACUGAAGGGUGGUGAAGCUCCAGCCAACUUUGGCGCGUAUUCUCUUUGCGUCUCCAAGGCUCUAGAAUGGCAAAAUGAAGACGGCUCUAUCAACAGAGCUUACCUUGAAGAGAGGGGUCAAGCACUUUCUGAAGGAAACGAUACCACCUACAAAGCUAUCCUUGACGAAUGCGCUGUAGCCCAAGCAAAUCCCGAAGCUACUGCUGUGCAUUUGUUUAAAUGCUACAGGAAAUACGCUUCCCAUCACAUAGGAUAAUAAACAGGAUCAAAAAUGUGAUACUUAGUUUAAACAGAGAAACUUCAAAUAUUUUUUUCGAAUAAUGAAUCAAUCAAUUUGUCAAUGUA